CUCCAAAUCGAAAUUCCAAAUCGAAAUUGGAAGAAGAAUACGCAAGAAUUCCCUCCUUGAGAAAUCGGUUCUACAUUCAUUUCGCUUCUUGAGAAAUCCGUUCUACAAACCUACUUAAAUCAUCUAAUCACAAGUUAGGAAACAUGUCUGAGGAACGAGCAGUGCAUCCCGAUUGCCGGAAUGCUAAUAAUCCUUUUCACGAGUGCACUGAUUACUGCUUUAGAGUCAUCGCUGAAGCCAUAAUCAGCCUUCAGCAAAAUGAAUAUGAAGUUGCCCAAGCUAGCGGUGGAAGUGGUCGUGAGCAAGCCAUUCACGAUGAAUUGUAUCCCGGCGAGGGAAUGCAUGAUGACAGACCCAAACCUGAAGAUAAUUCUGAUAGUGACCCUGAUCAGCCGGCUGCGGAGAACAUGGAUGGCUCCUUCCCAAAACUCUCUACCAGACAGAAAAAGUGGAUGGAGUUGAGAGCCAAAAUGCAAGAAGCAAAGAAACGUAAUCAAAUUGAAAUAGCUGCUGAAAAAAAGAGGAUGGAGGCUCCAACAGAGUCUAGGGGAGUUUCUAAGCAGAAGUGGCUUGAUGAUAGGAAGAGAAAGAUUGGAAAGCUUCUCGAUGCAAAUGGAUUGGAUAUGACAAAGGCAUAUAUGCUUGACACACAAGAGGCGGCAGAAGAGAAAUACAAGAAAUGGGAGAAGGAUCCUGCUCCAUUUGGCUGGGACGUGUUUAAUCAAAAGACGUUAUACAAUGCAUACAAAAAGCGUACCAAGAACAUUGAGGUCGAUGUAGAAGAAUACAAUAGAAUGAAAGAAGCUGAUCCAGAAUUCUACCGUGAUGCUUCAAGUCUUCAGUAUGGAAAGGCACCAAAAAUCUCAGAGGAUAAGAUUGACAGGAUGGUUCAGGAGCUAAAGGAUAGGGAUGAGAAGCGCAGGGCAUUUAGCAGGAGAAGAACAUUUCGCGAAGAGAAAGAUAUUGACUCAAUCAAUGACCGUAAUGAGCAUUUUAACAAGAAGAUUGAACGUGCCUUUGGUAAAUACACAUUGGAGAUUAAAAAUAACCUCGAGCGAGGAACUGCAUUGCCCGACUGAGGCACUUGCUUUUGCAGUGAUGUGUUAUAUAUUUCUCAAUGUUCUAAUGCUGUUAAGGUUAAAUGGUGGAUUGCAUUUCUGGAGUUUUUUUGGUGGCUUGGGUUAUGAAGUUGUUUUGGUGGUUCUACUUAUGCACUUACCAACUUCUAUAUUUUGUUUAGACAAGCUUUUGUUUUUUUUUGUAUUUUUCAUGUAUUGAUUGCUGUUAUGCUUUUUGGAUUGUGCUCCAAUGUACGUAUCAGUCUAUGCCAUGUUAAAGUGAGCAAACAAGCUGUAACAUAUUGAUUGUACCAUAUUGAAAUGGAGCAGUAAUAUAUUAUGAUCAGUUUAGCCUUCUUUUGAACAAA